AUGGCGUGCCAAUGCUUUUUGAUAGGAGCUGGAUACGUGGCUCUUGCCGCUGUCGCCUAUCGUAUUCUGACAAUUUUCUCCAACAUUUUGGGUCCCUACGUUCUUCUUUCUCCAAUCGAUCUGAAGAAAAGAGCUGGAGCUUCAUGGGCUGUUGUGACCGGAGCGACUGACGGAAUUGGAAAGGCUUAUGCCUUCGAGCUCGCUCGUCGUGGAUUCAACGUCUUCAUCGUCUCUCGCACCCAAUCGAAACUCGAUGAAACCAAGAAGGAAAUUCUUGAGAAGUACUCCAACAUCGAAGUGCGUACCGCUGCUUAUGACUUCACCAAUGCUGCCCCAUCCGGAUACAAGGAUCUUCUUGCCACCUUGAACCAAGUUGAAAUCGGUGUCCUCGUCAACAACGUCGGCCUCAGUUAUGAAUACCCAGAUGUUCUUCACAAGGUUGACGGAGGAAUUGAGAGACUUGCCAACAUCACCACCAUUAAUACACUUCCACCAACUCUGCUCUCCGCCGGAAUCCUCCCACAAAUGGUUGCUCGUAAAGCUGGAGUUAUCAUCAAUGUUGGAUCAUCUGCAUCUGCUAAUCAGAUGGCUCUGUGGGCUGUUUAUUCCGCAACAAAGAAAUACGUCUCCUGGCUCACCGCCAUUCUUCGCAAGGAAUAUGAACACCAAGGAAUCACCAUCCAAACCAUUGCCCCAAUGAUGGUCGCCACCAAGAUGUCCAAAGUCAAGAGAACCUCUUUCUUCACUCCAGACGGUGCCAAAUUCGCUAAAUCCGCCUUGAACACUGUUGGAAACGCAUCUGAUACAACUGGAUACAUUUCACAUCAACUUCAACUUGAGCUCAUGGAUCUCAUUCCAACCUUCAUUCGUGACAAGAUUCUCACCAACAUGAGUGUCGGAACUCGCGCUGCUGCCCUCAGAAAGAAGGAAAGAGAGGCCAAAUCUCAAUAA